AUGGUCAUUGCUGCUUGUAGAACCACGCAGUUAUCUUUCACCUAUACCAAGGAAAAGACCAAAAGUACAGUCCGUGGACCUUUUCAACGCUACGUUAAAGGGAAUGUGGCGAUUAUCCCGCAAGACAUCGGCACUUUAAACAGUCUUCUCCCUUCUUCACCCGACGACGGUGACUACUCUGUUUGUGUUCUUUUUGUUGGCCAGGACACCGCUCCUUCUAUGGAUACGAUACGGAAGAUGCACCCACUGCUCGUCAAUAAGGAUCGUGUCUCGAUUUUGUUGCGGUUUCUCGUCGCUAAUAAUAAGUGGUAUCGAGACGCAAAUAUAUCCUUCAGCGAGGAUCAUCUCGAUGCAUUGUGUUCCGGUCCUGGAUUUGACCACUUCAGUCGUGUUGGCGUUCCUACGUCGCUUGUUGAGAUUCAGUACCUUCCUGACUCCGACUCUGUUGCUGAAGCCGUAAAUUCCGGCCCUGUUGACUUCACCACAGCCGACCUUCUAGUUCCAGAUGGGCAGACUUUACUUCAGGUGUCAGGUUUUACGGGCUCAGGCCAAGGAGCCGUUGCGGAAACCACUCUCAAGGCGCGUGCACUACAAUGGUGCUUAGAUCACAAACCCUUUUUGUCCGUUCGUUCUGGUAACCGUCUGUUUCCCGAGAGAGAUCCUCGAAUGUUAAGUUUUGCCUUUCCUCAUCUCGACCCCUGGGGUAUUGGUGGUUUUAAUAAUCCACUACGGCAUGGUCGGCAACAGAUCAGCAUGGGCCGGCAGGUCAAAAAUCUUAUAAAUAAGUUUGAGGGGCAAUUUAAAACUGAUCCUCAGUUUGCCUAUGUCUGUUUUAAUGCCAUUCAAAAACUCGAUUCGUACCGCAGCGUCCAGUUCCGUGUCAAAGCACCAGAAUUGACGGCGUUAACUACCGAGAUAGCAGACAAUCAGGCUCUGUUAGAAGAUAUGGCAACACGAUGGGCGGACGACCCUAGCGCUAAACCUUCAUCUCGUGGCGAGAAACGCAUGGCCGCUCUCAUAAGGAGGCUGGAGGUCAUCAUGAAAGAUAUUCAUGGGUCUAACGGACGGAAGGUCGUGUUGCGGAACGAGAUCCGCGCUAUGCUCAAGAGUAUUGGAUGUCCUGCCCUCUUU